GCUGGGGCCCGCGCCCCGUGCCCGCCAGUCAUGGUGGGUCACCUGCAUCUGCAGGCCAUGGGGGACACGCGUGAGCAGAGCCGCGACGGCUUGCUGGACAGUCCCGACUCGGGACUGCCCCCGAGUCCCAGUCCUAGCCCUCCCUUCUACGCCCUGUCGCCAGGCACCCUAGAUGCCCGAGCCACCACCGAGCCCCCAGGACCCAAUGAGGCACCAGCGGCCACUUCCCUCUUCCAAAGUCCCCCAGCCCUGGAGAUGAGGCCCCGUCUGCUGCCUGUGUUCUUUGGGGAGAGCAUCAAGGUGGACCCAGAACCUGCACACGAAAUCCGCUGCAACUCCGAGGUCACCUACACCUCAGAGAGGUACUUCCGAGACAAGAUCUUCUAUGCUCCAGUGCCCACAGUCACAGCCUACAGUGAGACCAUAGUGGCGGCACCCAACUGUACGUGGCGCAGCUACCGCAGCCAGCUGACCCUGGAGCCUCGCCCACGUGCCCUGAGGUUCGGGAGCACCGCAAUCAUCUUCCCCAAGCUGGCCCGCAACUCCUUCCGCACCACUCUGCAAUGCAGCCUUGGCCAGCCACGCCAUUGGUUCUCCUCCAGCCUGCAGCUGCAACGGUGUGGAGACCCCGUGUUUGGUUCCCACAGCCCUGAUGUAGUCUGAGGAGCACAGGCUUGGUGGCAGAGGAGGAGUCAAGUCUGGGAGAGGUCCCAGAAAGAGGCUCAGCCAGGGACCUGGGCAC